AUGAGGAAGUUCGUCACCAUCUUUUCCCAUUUCAAAUCUAAGAACUUCUCCGUUUUGCUUCAUCGAAAUUCUCCACUCUGUCCCAAUCAACUCAGCCCUAAUUUCAGGAACCUCACGCAGAAUUGCGAGUUAUUAAUCUCCCCUCUCUCUUCGCAUCGCUUCGCCUCCACUACCGCGGAGAACCCUUCCACAUUGAAUAGGAAUCCUCUUCAGGACCAGUGUCCGGAUGGUAUGGAUGACCCUUAA